GCCGGAGAAACAACAAGAACACAACACUCACUGGUUAAAGAGAAAAGAAGCAGAGAAAGAGUGUAACAGAGGGAGAUUAAAUGACAGAAGACAUUUGGGGAAAGUGUGAGUUGGGGAUGAAGAGAAGCAUGGAGAAAGUCUUCUUCAGUAUGGUUGCCAUUCUGUUGGCUCUGUGUCCAGCUGGGUCAGAGGUUCUGACAGUGACUGGAGUUGUAGGAGGACGGGUGGUAAUUAAAUGUAAACACACAUUUGCAUCGAACAAUGACAAGUAUUUCUGUAAGGACUCCUGCACUGGUUCAGAUAUUCUCAUACAGACUACAGACAAUAAAAACUAUACUGAGAAGGGAAGAUACAGCAUAUUUGACUUUAAAAGUGGAGACGUCACUGUGACCAUCAAGGACCUGAAGAGGCCAGAUUCUGGGACAUACUGGUGUGGAGUGAUGAGAGUUGUUCUGGACUCAUACCAAGAGGUGUAUCUGAAGGUUGAGAAAGCUCCUUCCACUCCACCUGACAUCACCAGGACGAGUCUCCGCCCCCCUGUUACGGUCAGCACGACAACGGUAACCAUGACAACAGAUGUAUUGGUUUCUAUGGGGGCUGGUCUGGUGGUGGUGGUUUGUCUGUUGGUUCUCCUUCUCCUCAUAUUCCUCAGACAAAGGAACAGAUCAAAGACACAUACAGCAUCUGACCAAAACAAAAGGAUAUCUUCCAACCCCAUCUACUCCACCUCAACCAAUCAGCACUCAGAUGCACAUGACAUCAACUCUAACCAUGCCACCGCAAAGAAUCAGUGUCAAGAUGACAUCUACUCCAACAUUGAUUCUUCUACAGAGGCUCCGGACAGUGUGAGCUACGCUACCGUUAACUUCCCCAGAGAUCCAUCCUGUCUCCAAUAUGACAGUGUCUCCAUCAGCAAAGACUCUGAUGUCCGUAACCAACCAGACAGUGUUACAUACUCCUCUGUUAGAAGACAACAUUCCAACCAUGAGAUGGUGACUUACUCUGCCAUAAAACUAAAAAGCUCACAAUGAAAUUCUCAAAUUGUUUAGGUUUGUGUCUGUAUGGGUGAGCCUGUGUUACCGACCUUAUGAGGACUAAAGUUCUCCAGACGUAAAAACAUGAUUUAUUGACCAUUGAACUUGAUUUUCCAAUUAGGGUUAGGCAUUAGGGCUAGGUACAGUUUAAGACUUUUUUUUUAAUCAAGGUUAGGUCUGUUUCUCUGUGGGAGAGACUAUCAAUAUCAACGUCUUACUGAGGACUAUUCAGUACAUGCUGUCUGUUUCUCUGUGUGAGAGACUAUAAAUAUUAACAUCUUACUGAGGACUAUUUAGUACAUGCUGUCUGUUUCUCUGUGUAAGAGACUAUCAAUAUCAACAUCUUACUGAGGACUAUUUAGUACAUGCUGUCUGUUUCUCUAUGGGAGAGACAAUCAAUGUAUAACUUGUUGUAAUCCUGUGUAUUCAAGUAAUGAUCAACCUGUGACGGCCUUUUAAUAAACCUUACCAACCAUC